AUGGGCCAAUACUGGCUGGUGGUUUCUCCAUCCAGACGCGAGUACACAACGCAGGAUUUUGGCGGAAAGCUGUCAGAGUUGCUUUUUUCGUCGUGGCCCAACAUUCUGUGUGACCUGAUUGAAAACGAGUGGGCUGGCAAUCGACUCAUCUGUAUUGGGGAUUACUUAAAUCCGACCGAUCUCCCUGCCUCGAUUCAACAAGACGACCUACACAUCUACGCUGAGAGCGAUGUAACACCAAAAUCUCUCAGCUACGGUGUCGUUCAGGAAGACUUUGAACAAUGGUCUUACGAAGAAGAGGAGACGGCGACUCCCUCGGCCACACAAGAAUCUGUCAAUCGCAAAAAUCGAGUCUUGAGGAACUUGACCACCAGUCAAUAUGUGUUAGAGGCAAAGUUGCAAUGUGGAAUCACCCUCGGCCACAUUGUUCUGAUGCGUAUCUCUUGGUCGUCAGAAAGCUCAACCGGCAUUCCGGGAGGAGAAUAUCUGACCAAGGGCGACUGGGCUGGUCAUGAGUUUGACAUUGUAGACGCUGGUAUGCUAGAAGUGAUGGACGGAGAAUGGGAAGACGUCACCGAGGAUACCCGCGAUGAGGUUCAGGAUCUGUGGUCGGGCCAGUUCGAAAAAGGCUGGGAAUUUGAAACAAGAAAUUGA